AUGGAUAAGCACGAAAAGAAGUGUCUGACAAGAGUGAAAGAAAUCAUACCGAGACAACGUCCAUAUGGCUUAAGUGUUUAUCCAAUCAUCGAAGCUAUCGAAUUUGGGUAUCUUUCGGAAAAGAUGCGUUCUUUUCGAAAAUCGCGUUAUCUCACGUUUGAUAUCGAAACCCUCGAGCGUAAAAUUGAGAUAACGAAUAAGAAAACAACAGAAAAUGCAGAAUUACGUCUCCUUUGUAUCGCGAUAGGGAGCAACUUUGGAUACAGUCGAUUCUUUAUACGUAGAGAUGACAGCAAUGAUGCCGCAAAGCAACUUGUCGUCAAGUUUGUCGACGAGAUUGAGUCUCUCGCGCUCCGCGAAAGACAAUACCUACCAAAAGAACUGACAGAUGUCAUCGAGCAUCUUGAAAAUAUUGUCAUGAAGCAAGAUGGUUACUUGAAGCAAUAUGGGGUUAAUGAGUCAAAAUCAAUCUGGCCAUAUGAAAAAUACGCGAGCGUUAUCGACAUUAUAAAUGAUCGAGAGUUUCCUGCAUUCGAGGAGUUCUUUUCGAGUUUACAUAAUUCUCAUUGCGAUAAAAAGCAGUAUGAAAAAUGUAGAGCUGAGUUUUACCAUAAUCAAAAGAUCAAUCCAAACUUUACCAUGGCCCAUUGGCUAAAGCAUUAUAAUUUAAUGGACGUUAACCCUUUCGCGAAAGCUAUCGACAACCAGUUUCGGGUUUUCUUCGAUGUCUUUAAAAUCGAUCCAUCAUAUUGUAUGAGCCUGCCGAAAUUCGCCAUGGCCUGUGUAUUUGAGAAGUUCUCGAAGACUUCUCCAUUCAUCUACUCGUUUCACGAAAAAUUUCGAAUGGAGCAUAAACUUCUUAGAGAAAACGUCAUUGGUGGCCUCGUUAAUGUUUUUUCCCGCUAUACCGAACUUCGUCCAGGUGUAGAAGCUCCGAGAAACGCAAAGUUCGCUCCUAAUGGCGAUCCUUUUACCAGAGUGGUGUUUCUCGACUUCAAUGCCCUUUAUUUAUUUUCACAAAAAUGGAGAUACCAUCAACUCCAGGAAUAA